AUGGGGCGGCGCGACUCUGACUCCGAAGACUUCGAUGAGCCUGUUAUCACGUACCCGCGCAUGGUCCAGUUCAGGCUCGGUCUAAGCCGGAUCCAUGCGAAGGCGGACUUGCUCAACAGUGUAUUCCCGCACGUCCUCCACCUGACUAUUGUUCCGCGGCGUUGGUACGGUCUUGUCCGGCGCUGUACAGCAUGGCUGCCGGUGACGUUCCAAGCCGUGGUUCACCGCCUGUGGCCCGGCGCAUUUUUGCCCGCGCGUGUGGUCCUUAAAAAACUCUCCCGGCCAACACAAUGUCGGACGGAGCUCUUUAACAACGAGAUUGCCAUAUACACACGCCUACGCGCCAUCCAGGGUAAAAUUAUACCCAACUUCUACGGCGAGGCGUCAGUCCGGGAGGACACCGGCGAGCGCAAGCGUGCCAUUGUCCUAUCUGUCGUCGAUGGCGAGCUUGCCAGUCGCCAGACUGUUCCUAUCCCUAUGGAGGAGUUUAAGCGACGUCUGGGUGUGGCGCAUGCAGAGAUGUUACGGCAUGGUGUUGCAUACGAUGACGUGCAGCUAAACAACCUGGUGCUGCAGGAAGAUAGCAGUGGUGACGGUGGCGGACGAAUUGUCUUUCUCGAUCUGGAGUAUGCAUUUCCCAGCGAACCGGAAGAGGCCGAGCGGCGUGCAAGAGCCCUUGUGACCGACUACGGCUAUCUCUAUCGAGAUUGUCUCAUGACUUGGCAAAACAGGCAACGGGACGGAUGGUGA